AUGGAUGCUCGCAAACCUGAAGUCGAAACUGGUGUCUCUGACAUCUCAUAUGAUAGUUUACUCAACCCUAUCCACCUCCAACAAGACCUGAGCGGCGGCUGUGGUGGAAAAACCUGGGAGGCAGCUGACAUUAUGAUCGAGUACUUACUCUGGAAGAAAUCCCAAUCAGAUACAUUCUUUGAUGGGAAACGGAUAUUAGAUUUAGGUAGUGGAACUGGUCUGGUCGGUCUUGCUGUGGCCUCUGCUUUUCCUGGGGUUCAACACAUGACCUUAACCGACCAGAUCCCAAUGAUGGAAUUGAUGAAACAAAACAUCUUAUUAAACGGACUUGAAAGAAAAGUGGACGCUCAAAUCCUAGAUUGGGGAACUCCUUUGCCAGAAUCUAUAAUGCCUCUUUCAGAUGUGAUUCUAGCUUCAGACUGUGUCUAUCUUGAGAUUGCGUUUCAGCCACUUGUAGACACACUUGUACUUUUGUCAACAAAAGAGACAGUGAUCUACUUGAGUUAUAUGAAAAGAAGAAAUGCAGACAAACGGUUCUUCCAGAUGUUACGCAAAAAGUUUAUUUUGAAAGAGAUUGAAGAUGAUCCAAAGCGGGAAGUUUAUUCAAGAAAGGGACUCCACCUGUAUUUGUUAACAAAAAAGUAA